AUGUCGCUACCUAUUCUCUCUCUGACGGUUAUACUUGCCGUCAUUUAUGUCCUCUACGUAUUGCUCUUCGUCGGCCAUAGGGAGAGGAACCUCCCACCUGGGCCACCAACACUGCCCAUCAUUGGCAAUGCCCAUCUGAUUCCCCGCAAGGGAGCACACUUUACGUUCAUUGAAAUGGCCAGAAAGUAUGGUGGCAUGUUUUCUCUCAAGGUCGGGUCAAGCACGAUUAUUGUACUCAAUGAUCGACGGAUUAUCAAAGAGGUAUUGGACAAGAACAGCGCAAUAUCCAGCAAUCGACCGCAAUCAUUUGUUGCCCGCACCAUUACAGGUGGUGACCAUCUGUUGAUUAUGGAUGCUGGCGCGCCAUGGCGGACGUUUCGGAAAUUGUUGCACCAGGAGUUUAUGGCGUCCAAGUGUGACAAGGAGCACAUCCACACGCAGAAUGCCGAAGCAAUCCAGAUGCUACGCGACUUCAUUCACUUUCCGAAAGAGCAUAUGUUACAUCCCAAGAGAUAUAGCAAUAGCAUCAUCAUGAGUCUCCUCUAUGGGGUGCGAACGCCUUCAUUUGAUACGCCCCACAUGCAGCGACUCUAUGAGCUCAUGGAACACUGGUCCUCGAUCUUAGAAAUUGGAGCCACCCCACCGGUAGACGUCUUCCCUUUUCUCAAGUUCAUCCCGGAACGGUUUUUCGGCAACUGGUGGUCCCGAAUUCAGGUCGUCAAGAGAGAAAUGGAAAGUCUCUACGGUGACAUGCUGCGACAUGUAAUGCGCCGUCGACAGACCAACGGCAGUCUGAAGUGCUUCAUGGAUAAGGUUCUCGAUCAGAAUGAGAAACUCGGGCUCAGUGAUCACCAGCUCUACUUCUUGGGCGGUGUAGCGAUGGAAGGCGGAUCAGAUACUUCUUCUUCGGUAAUCAAUUCGUGCAUCCAUGCCUUGGUCCAUUUUCCUGAGGUCCAGAAAAAGGCCCAGGAGGAAAUCGACCGCGUGGUGGAUGAAAGUCGUACUCCCACCUGGUCUGAUUUCGCAGCUUUACCGUACGUAACUCAGGUUGUCAAGGAAGCACAACGGUGGCGAUCGGUCGGCGGCCUGGGAGUACCUCACGUACUUACUGAAGACCAGUGGGUUGACGGCAAGCUUCUCCCCAGGGGAGCCGCCAUCUUCACAAGCGCCUGGGAUAUCCACCAUGACGAACAACGUUACCCAAAUCCCGACGUGUUCGAUCCAGACCAUUAUGCAGGCUACAACAUGCUGGCCUCUGAGUAUGCAAAUUCCGCCGACUAUAAGAAUCGCGAUCACUAUUCGUUCGGAAAUGGGCGCCGUUUAUGCCCGGGAAUACACCUAGGAGAGCGAAAUAUCUUCUUGGGGAUCUGCAAGCUUCUGUGGGCCUUCAAAUUCGAGAAGGCUGUCGACAAGUCUGGCGAGCCCAUUGAGACUGAUAUCAACCCUGUCACAGCGUAUUCUGAAGGCUUUUUGAUUACCGCAAAACCAUAUCCGUGCAAGAUCACUCCACGCUCUGAGAAACGGGAAGAGACUAUCAUGCGUGAGUUUGCCGAGGUGGAAAAGACUGUGUUUGCAAAAUAUGAGAAUGUGUAG